UCGCGAGACUGCGCACGCAUUUGCGGAAGUUCUCGGAACUAAAUUCCGUGGAUGACUGAAUUUUCACCGAAGCUCAGCUGACACACUGUGACAUGUGUCUUCGACGGGCUCCUGGUGAACAGUUUCGAUUAUUCAUUCCGUUUUUCGAAUUAUCAUCGAAGAAGAGGUUGACGAUUAUCACAUUGUCAUGACGGAGUCACGAGAGAGAUUGUGCUACGGGAACAAAGUUAUUUUGGCGCCGAUGGUGCGGGUUGGAACGUUACCCAUGCGACUACUUGCCCUCGACUACGGCGCCGAUAUUGUGUAUACGGAGGAGUUGAUAGAUUUCAAAAUGUUGAGGUCAAUACGGCGGGAAAAUGAUGUCCUCGGAACAGUCGACUACAUCGACCGCACGGAUGGUACCAUAAUAUUCCGGACAACCCGUCGGGAGUCCUCCCGGGUGGUCUUUCAACUAGGCACCAGUGACGCCACCCGCGCCCUGAAGGUCGCCCAACUAGUUGAACAAGAUGUAGCUGGUAUUGAUAUCAACAUGGGCUGUCCGAAGAGCUUCUCUCUGAUGGGAGGAAUGGGCGCUGCCCUGCUCACGCAAGUAGACAAAGCCAAGGAGAUCCUGGAGACCCUUGUUAAGGGUCUAACCAUUCCAGUCAGCUGCAAGAUACGGGUCUUUGAGGACCUCGACAAGACCAUGGAACUGUGUAACGAACUCGUCUCGACGGGGAUUUCCGCAAUUGCUGUGCAUGGACGUACCGUCAAGGAGAGGCCUCAGCAUUCCAAUCGGAAUGAGAUGAUUCGAGCUAUUUCCGAGCGCCUUCCUAUUCCUGUAAUAGCGAAUGGUGGUUCGAAGGAGAUUGAAAAGCACUCAGAUAUCGGAAAGUUCAAAAAGGAAACCGGUUGCAGUAGUGUGAUGAUAGCGAGAAGCGCCGAGUGGAACUGCUCAAUUUUCAGGAAAGAGGGCCUCCUCCCCAUAGAGGACGUCAUCAAGUCCUACCUCAAGUACGCCAUCGACUUUGACAAUUCCCCCUCCAACACCAAAUACUGCGUUCAAAACAUUCUGAGGGAACUUCAGGAGAGCCUCAUGGGCAAGCAGUUCCUAGCGGCCCAAUCACUCGAGCAGAUCUGCGCUGUUUUCGACAUGGACGCCUACUGCAGGGAAAAAUCGAGGGAGUUACGAAGCAAGGGGCUUCAGGGCCGAUUUGAAGUUGAACCCGUUAGAGAUACCGAUAAUACUGAUAACUGUCUUAAGCGUAAGCACGAGGACGGAGACGACGAUGUGACGCUUAAGCGUUGUGCAUUUCUCAGGAAUGGCUACAGCAGCGAUACUCAAUUACCCAAGACGAGGCUGUUAAAGUGGCUCAGGGAUAAUAAAAAGAAGGAUUUGCCUGUUUAUGAUACGUGGAGCGAAGAUAAGCUGUUCCGAUCGAUCGUCACUGUCGAUGGACAGAAAUAUAGCUCAACUUUUUGGGAGAAGAACAAGAAGUGGGCCGAGCAAGGCGCUGCUCUGGUCUUUCUACUGUCUAUCGGCCUCAUCGACGAGGUGAGUCUCAUCGAGAAAGGGCACUUGAUGAGAUGAUCCUGGAAAUUCCCAUCUGUCGCACGAUUGUACAUAUUGACGAUGAGAUUGUAGCUCUGAUCUAUGAAGUUAUCGAAAUAAACCUAUUGAUGUUAUGACAGAUUC